UGUCCAAGUGCUUAACCCCAUCCUUCUCUGUCCUUUCUCUCGCUCUCUCUCUUCCCCACCACCAUCAUCACUUUACUCUCUCUGUUCAUCAGGAGAUCUCAUUCUAUUCUCCCCCAUUUCAAACCCUAGAAUCUCAAAUCACAAAUUCCACAACCAACUUCAUUUAUGGCGAGCUUCAGUCUCUCCAGGUCACUCCUGGUCCUACUCCUGAUUGUCAUCUCAUUGUUCUCAACAUUCUCGAUUUCGGAAGCUACCUCGUUCACUUUCUCGUUCACGAGUUCCAAUAAAAAUGCGAGCUUUGAGUCUCAAGACAUUGCCCUGUUCGGCGACGCUAAGCUCGUCGAUAACGGAUCUUCGAUUCAGCUGACUGACUCGGUGAUUCACGGUGGUGGGCGAGUCAUCUACAAGAAACCCAUUGAGUCCGUGAAGGAUAUAGGAAACGAGUAUUUCGCGGGAUUCUCUACUGUUUUCUCCUUCUCCAUAUCUCCUGGUGGUGGUAGACUCGGGUUUUUCGUGUUUCCUGUUAACGGAACGUUUGAUCACUCUCUAUUCCAAGUCAAGUUCGAUACUUCUGACAAAUUCACCAAGUUUGGAGAUCCGAGUGUGGCGGUGAUUGUUGAUGGUGCUACGGUUCCUGAGAAGAUUCUCAGUUUCAAGAUGGCAAACUUGGUGAAGACGGAGAAGGUGUUGUUGUACGCUUGGAUUAAUUACCAAGCUGGUGGCAAGUUCUUGGAAGUCCGGUUAAGCAAAUCUAAAAGCUUUGAAUCUGUUCUUCCUCUUAUGUUUGAUCGGAUUGAUUUGUCAGCAAUGUUGAAAGUUGAGGAUGAGUUCAUGGUUGGUGUCAAUUCGUAUAGUGGAAACGUUAAUCUACAUUCUUGGAGCUUAGAGGUGAGACGCUCCGAGUAUGAACACUCUUGGGCGGUGGUAUUGGUGGAAGAACGUAUAAAACAGGAGGCUGCGAAGAAGAGGAGAAAAGAGAGGAUAUGGGAGAUUGUUACUUGCUUCGUCAUGACGUUUGGAUCAACAGGGCUUGUCUUCUUUGCCAUGAUGCAUAUUUGGGCAGCUUUCAAAAGAAACAAGCUUGCUAUGGUGAUGCAAGAGGAGUGUGGGAUCAAGACCAAGGAGUUUGGGUAUGCGAAGAUGGACAAAAUGGAAGUUGUGAUGAGUAAAGCCAAUGCGAAACAAGAAAGGAAGUGAAAGUCAAGUUUGUGUGUUUUUUUUUGGUGUGUUUAGGAUAAGUCAUCUUUUAUGUAAUCAAGUAGAUUCUUGGGACUGUAAUGGUAACUAGUUACCCACGACGAGUUUCUUCACUGGCUAAUGUAGUCCCCUUAUCUUCAUGUGUGUAAGCUUGCAAUGUUAUUAUUACUCUUUCGCAUUUUUAAUUUAA